AUGGCUGAUGACCCACCACAGGUUCAACUGCGCCAGCAGCGUCAGCAUGUAACGGAGCGCAUGAAAGACAUGUUUCCUGACAGUGACAGAAGUCCUUCAACCUCUCAAGUAGUAGCUGUAAUCACACUCUUUCCCAUCGGUGGUAUCCUUCUUACCCUCGCCGGUUUUAUCCUGACAGUCACCGUCAUCGGAUUAGCGUUAACUACGCCACUCUUCGUGAUUUUCAGUCCCGUUUUGGUACCAGCAGCUAUAGCUAUUGGGUUAGCUGUGAUGGGCUUUCUUACUUCAGGUGCUUUUGGGCUCACAGCACUGUCAGCACUGUCAUGGAUUAUCAAUUACUUACGUGGAGCGAGUGCUAGAAUGCCUGAGCACUUGGAUUACGCGAAGCGGCGCAUGCAAGAAGCGGCGGGGCAUGUGGACCAGAGGUGUGGGCCAGAGGACUAA